UAUAUUUUUCUUAUUUUUCUUUUUUUUAGGUAGCAGUGAGUAGUGGCCAAGAACCAGCGACAGAAUGUUCACCCUUUUUUAUGGACUGUAUAAAUACCUCUUCAAGAAAGACGAGUUCUUCGUCCUAAUUCUUGGACUAGAUAAUGCUGGCAAGACGACGUACUUGGAGGCAGCAAAAACAAAAUUCACAAGAGGGUACAAAGGGCUAAAUCCAAGUAAGAUAACAACGACAGUUGGCCAAAAUGUUGGGGGAAUAACAUACGCAGGAAUCAAACUCAGUUUCUGGGAUCUCGGUGGACAGGAAGAGUUGCAGCCAUUGUGGGAGAAGUAUUAUGCAGAAUGCCAUGCUGUUAUUUACAUGGUGGAUUCAGCUGAUCGAGAGAGAAUGGAUGAAUCCAAAGCAGCGUUUGAUAAGAUGAUCUCGAGUGAAAACAUGACAGGUGUCCCCCUGCUCGUCCUGGCCAACAAACAAGACAUUCCGGAGUGCAUGGGAGUACGAGAAGUAAAGCCAAUCUUCAAUCAGUCUGCUGACCUUAUUGGUCGCAGAGACUGUAUGGUAAUGCCCGUGUCUGCCUUAACAGGAGCUGGAGUGGAUGAAGGGAUCGACUGGCUGGUUGAGUGUAUCAAACGAAACAGUGACGUCAGACCGCCUCCCAAUCAUGACGACACGUGAUGGCACAACUUGAUGAGAUGUGUGUUUGUCUCACGCAUGGCUUGGACUGUUUUGUAUGUUCUGAAGUUCACGAAUACAUUUUCAAUAUUUUAGAAGUGCUUACCGGUAGGACUGUUAAGCAAAAUGAGCUUAUUUUUCAGAAAUUAGAACUCUUGACAUGAGGAUUAACAUGCAGAGAAUUUGUAAUUUAUUAACAGAAACGAGGAGUGAGGAUUUGUUGACCCAUGUUAAAUACCUUAUUUUUUAGAUAUUAGUGUAGAAAUUUGAUGAAUCGUGCAUUUUCUUUUCCAUCUUGUUAUUUUUUAUUUUAUUUUUAUUUUUUUCCUUUCUUUCUUUUUUUUUCUUUUUUUUUCUCUUUUGUAAUACAUAUGACAAAAAUCACAUGGGAAAGUACCUGCUUAAUUUUUUUUUAUUAUUAUUAUUAUCAUUUAUAAAGUAGGAUUAAUCUUGGUCUGAGACUAUGAUGUCUUGUGAUUGUCAAGUACAAUAUGGUACAAGCUCUUCUUGUAUAUAUACAGUGUAAAAAAUUUAAUAGAACACCCAUAAUGUAGUUUAUUACUAUUGUUACUUGUGAUGUUUUUGGGGUGCAGUUAUAAUAGGGAAGUUAGUCAUGUAAAUCUCAUAAUGAGUCAUGAAAACUGCAAUACUUGGUUAGGUAACUAUAUUUAUUUAUAUAAUGAAAGUAUAUAGGAAAGAAUAUUAAUGUUAUUUUUAUGGUUGUACAUUCCUUUUAUCAAGAAACUUGUGGAUUUAGGAUAUGUAUUUCUUUCAUAAGUGAUAUGCCUCUGAACUUCAAUGAUAUCCUAUAUUAGUUAAAUGAUUAGCCAUACUUCUAUUUCCAUACUUAAAAGUAAACUAAAGGGAAUACGACUUUGUGAUACAAACACUGGAGCUGUUCUAUUCUUUCUGCAAUUAAUUAGACAUUAUGUUCAUGACAAUAUCUUUGUUUAAACUGAAAUCUUUAUUCCUUUCUUUGAUGUUAUUUUCAUCUAUCUCUUUCUCAAACUAAAUUUAAAUCAGUCUCAUAUUGUGUCUUAUCUUUUUCAAACAGAUGAUUCAGAGGCAUGUGAAUAUAAGAGAUAUGGGGAUUUCAUUGCUUAAACAGUAUGACAUCUGUAUCUGUAUUAAACCAUGCAACAGAUAUUCAACAGAGUGUACACUGAUUACAUAUUGUUUAGGAACUGUAUUCAUUAUAUACAAUAAAGAUCCUGUUGUUUGGCU